AUGAAGCGCAGCAGACGCAGCUGGACGACCAAGGAGGAUGAGCUCCUCCGCAAGCUGGUCCAAAACUGUGGGUGCAUGGAGAACAGCUCCCACAAUUCCUUCCCACACCUUGCCUCAUCCCGCACUCUGAUACUUUCUUCUGCUACAGCACUCGACACCUCGGACACGGUCCUCUGGAGCGAGCUCGCCCAGAAAGUCCCUGGCCGCUCGAACAAAGACUGCCGCAAGCGGUGGUGGAACACGCUGGCCGGCGGCAACAUCAAGGGCGUCUGGUCGCCGGAGGAGGACAAGCGACUCAGCGAGGCGGUGCGGGAGCAUGGCAACAACUGGACUCAGAUCGCCACCCUCGUGGGGUCUCGCUGUGCCGAUCAGUGCUCUAGUCACUGGCGGCAGGUGUUGCGGCCCAAUGACGAAGAACUUCUCAAGGCAGUCCAAACGCAUGGCACCAACUGGUCGGCGAUUUCGGCAUUUCACAACCCUCCGCGCACAGGACUGAGUUUGAAGAAUCGAUAUACGAGGAUUCGGGUGAAGGAGGAGCGUGCAGGUCCAUCCGUGCUGAGCAAGGGCCCUCCUGCACCUGGUGACAGGCGCAACAGGGUGGUGAAACUGGGGAGGAAACGCAGCUUCCCGCAAAGGGGCAUCACUCCGGACUGCGACGAGCAAUUGAGAGAAGGUAGGACCUCAGAUGAGUGCCCCGACAGCCCGGACGCGCCAAGGGAAUAUCUGCAUCCCAUCGAGCUCAAGCCGCCAGCUUCCUGGUCGAUUCGAUCCCCCAACAACGCCUCCAGUAAUUGUCGGGAAACAUCCACACCGUGGGUGGGCCAUGGGACCAUCGACCCCCGCCUGAUCCUGCCGUGCCCAUUUAGCACAGAGGAUUGUCGGGUGGAUAGCACACCCAAUCUGACAGUGUCUGCAAUUGGCGGCUCCUGGCUGCCGUCCUUCGACCGGGUGCUGGACGCCACGCAGGCUGAAAACGAUUGGGACCGUCAGGUGCUCUUGUUGCCUCGUGACGCGUACCCGACGGACAACAGUUUCCGAACCGUGCACGAGGCACUCUACCUUGCGCCUGACCCGUGCAGCCUGAGGAGUUCCCGACACUCCUCCACAGAACCACUGCAUCCAUUCCUCACCAUGACCGAGCUAGACUUGAUGCCCCGGGAGCCCUCUCUGCGUGCCUCAGUCCCCUCCGGGAGCUGUGAGAAAACAGCAGAGACGAACAUGCACCGGGUCUCGCUCGAUCUCUCGUGUACGACGAGCCAGUUUAGCAGCAUCAUGUCCCGGGUUGCCGACACCGGUGCGGUGGUGAAUAUGACGGUGGACACGGAGUAG